AGCUAUUCCUCACCAGCAAGAGGCCCGGGGACCCCCCCUCAGAGCUCCGGGACUGAGGCCACCGAGCCUCCCGCGCCGCCCUGCGCAUCCCAGCCCGCGGCCGUGGCGCCCUGUGCCCCUGGGGCCGGGCGGACGGAGACCGAGACGGCGCCCAGGCCCCCUGCCGCGGCGUCCCCGCGGCCCCAGCCCAGGGAGAAGAUGAGCGUGGGCUGCCCAGAGCCAGAGCCGCCCCGCUCCCUGCCCUGCUGUGGGCCAGGGACUGCCCCUGGGCUGGGUGCGGGCGUGCCCCUCCUCACGGAAGACAUGCAGGCGCUGACCCUCCGCACGCUGGCCGCUAGUGACGUCACCAAGCACUAUGAACUCGUCCGGGAACUGGGCAAAGGCACCUAUGGGAAAGUUGACCUGGUGGCCUACAAGGGCACAGGCAUGAAAAUGGCGCUGAAGUUUGUGAACAAGAGCAAAACCAAGCUGAAGAACUUCCUGCGGGAGGUGAGCAUCACCAACAGCCUCUCCUCCAGCCCCUUCAUCAUCAAGGUCUUCGACGUGGUGUUUGAGACCGAGGACUGCUAUGUCUUUGCCCAGGAGUAUGCGCCUGCCGGAGACCUGUUCGACAUCAUUCCUCCCCAGGUGGGGCUCCCGGAGGACACGGUGAAGCGCUGCGUGCAGCAGCUGGGCCUGGCGCUGGACUUCAUGCACGGGCGGCAGCUGGUGCACCGCGACAUCAAGCCCGAGAACGUGCUGCUGUUCGACCGCGAGUGCCGCCGCGUGAAGCUGGCCGACUUCGGCAUGACGCGCCGCGUGGGCUGCCGCGUGAAGCGCGUGAGCGGCACCAUCCCCUACACGGCGCCCGAGGUGUGCCAGGCGGGCCGCGCCGACGGCUUCGCGGUGGACACGGGCGUGGACGUGUGGGCCUUCGGCGUGCUCAUCUUCUGCGUGCUCACCGGCAACUUCCCGUGGGAGGCGGCGUCGGGCGCCGACGCCUUCUUCGAGGAGUUCGUGCGCUGGCAGCGCGGCCGCCUGCCCGGGCUGCCCUCGCAGUGGCGCCGCUUCACGGAGCCCGCGCUGCGCAUGUUCCAGCGCCUCCUGGCGCUCGAGCCCGAGCGCCGCGGGCCGGCCAAGGAGGUCUUCCGCUUCCUCAAGCACGAGCUCACGUCCGAGCUGCGGCGCCGGCCCUCGCACCGCGCGCGCAAGCCCGCCGGGGACCGCCUGCCGCCCGGGCCGCUGCGCCUCGAGGCGCCCGGGCCGCUCAAGCGGACGGUGCUGACCGAGAGCGGCAGCGGCUCGCGGCCCGCGCCCCCCGCCGUCGGGCCGGUGCCCGUGCCCGUGCCCGUGCCCGUGCCGGUGCCCGAGGCCGGCCUGGCGCCCCCGGGGCCUCCCGGCAGGACGGACGGCCGCGCGGACAAGAGCAAGGGGCAGGUGGUGCUGGCCACGGCCAUCGAGAUCUGCGUCUGA